GAAUUAUUUUUUUUUCUUAAACGCUUUGCGUUUAUUAAUGGAUUCAAUACAUUUGAUUGUAAUCGUAAUGUAAGACUAUUUGUGAAUAUAAACGCAAAAUCUCUAAGCGCCGCCUCCAACAGAGUUUAGACGGGGAUUCGGGAGGUGCCCCUUUAUUCCUGCUUUUACUGGACGAUAUAUCUUACAACUGAAAAUAAAACUACUGUGUCUGAUAUGGCUUCUUCUGGGGAUUUUUUAUCAGACGAGCAGCUUACGUGUUCAAUAUGUUUGGACGUGUUCACUGACCCUGUAACCACUGCAUGUGGACAUAACUUUUGUAUGGACUGCAUCAGAAGACACAGGGAUGCUAGUCUAGAUUCAAAAUGUCCACUGUGUGGGUUUAAACUGGAUUUGAGAACAGAUUUUAAAAUAAAUACAACAAUGAAAGAAAUUGCAGAGGGCAUCAAAAGAAAACGGAUCCAGGAGUCUGAAGUGACCUGUGAUAGUUGCCCAAAGAAGAAGCGGAUUGCUGUCAAGUCGUGUUUAGAUUGUGAAACCUCUUUCUGUGAGAGUCACUUGGAGCCCCACAAAACUGCAAAAAAUCUCAUGAAGCACAAACUGAUUAAUCCUGUGGAGAAUCUGGAUGAUUACAUUUGCAGAAAACAUCAAAAACCUCUGGAACUUUACUGUAAAGACGAUCAAACACCUGUCUGUACCUUUUGUGUAGAAGGUGACCACAGGGCUCAUAAUACGAUUCAAAUUGAGAAGUACAGUUUGAACCUUGUGAUGAAUGAAAAGUCUGCUGUGCAGCAAAAAAUCCAGGACAGAGGGCAGAAAAUUAAAGAGAUUAGACAUUCAAUAAGGUUUAACAAACAAGCCAAAGAGAAAGAGAUUGAGGAGAACAGUAAGCUUUUCAAGGAUGUUUUUGAGAAAUGUAAUGCAGAACUUAAGGAAGAAAUGGAGGAAAAGCAUACAGAAACAGAGAGACGAGCCAAAGAGCUCAUCAAUGAGCUGGAACAAGAGAUCAUGAAACUAAAGGAAAAACAAACUAAACUGGAGCAACUCUCACAUCCUUUGGAUUUCAUACAGAUUAUUAAACUUCAGCAUGACUCCUUAUGUAACAGCCGCUCAACUGACAUCAGCAUCAGUGUUCAUGAACACGGGGCUAUUUUGAGGAAAACCAUAUCACAGCUUCAGAACAGAUUAGAUGAGAAAUUAAGAGAAACUGUUUCCAGAGAGCUGCGGAGUAUACAACGUUAUGCAGUGGAUGUGACAUUUGAUCCAGACACAGCUUAUCAUGAACUCAUGUUGUCUGAUGACAGAAAAAAGGUUUGGAAUGCGGGAAUACACCAGAAGGUUCCUGAAAACCCAGAAUGCUUUGAUUAUUGCUCAUGUGUCUUAGGAAAGGAAGGUUUCUCCUCCCAGAAUUUUUAUUAUGAGGUAGACGUCAGGGGGAAGACAGAAUGGGAUUUGGGUGUGGUAACAGAAUCUGCAAACAGGAAAGGAGAGAUCGGGCUCAACCCUGAAAAUGGAUAUUGGACAGUAUGGCUGAGAAAAACUGAUGAAUAUGCAGCAAAUGAUGUCAACCCUGUCUCUCUUACAUUGAAAGAGAAACCAGUGAAAGUAGGAGUGUUUGUGGAUUUUGAAAGGGGUCUGAUCUCCUUUUAUGAUGUUGAAGCCAAGUAUCACAUUUAUUCUUUUACUGGGCAGACGUUUGCUGAAAAACUCUAUCCAUACUUCAGUCCUGGAGAAUAUGAGGAAGGAGAGAAUUCACAGCCUAUGAUCAUCACACCUGUUGAGUUUACUGAAUAAAACAAGUGGGAACUAUCCAAA